AUGGUGGCGGUAUCCAAGCGCGCCGGGCGCAAGAAGGAGGCCGGCGCCGCCGGGGCUGCUCGUCCUGGGCAGCAGAAGGCCCAAUUCGCAACCAAGGCCGUCUUCGAGACAACCAAGAAGAAGGAAGUGGGCGUCUCGGAUCUGACGCUGAUCAGCAAGAUCUCGAACGAGGCCAUCAACGACAACCUGAAGAAGCGCUUCGAGAAUGGCGAGAUUUACACGUACAUUGGACACGUGCUGGUGUCUGUCAACCCCUUUCGAGACUUGGGCAUCUACACCGAACAGGUCCUGGAAAGCUACAAGGGCAAGAACAGGCUGGAAGUGCCGCCGCACGUCUUCGCAAUCGCCGAAUCCGCCUACUACAACAUGAACGCCUACAAGGAGAACCAGUGCGUCAUCAUCUCCGGCGAGUCGGGAGCAGGGAAGACAGAAGCUGCAAAGCGCCUCAUGCAAUACAUUGCGAAUGUGUCGGGCGGGAAGAACUCGUCCAUCCAGGAGAUGAUGGACAUGGUGCUGGCCACAAACCCACUGCUCGAGUCGUUUGGAAACGCAAAAACGCUGAGGAAUAACAACUCCUCGCGGUUCGGAAAAUAUCUCGAAAUCCACUUCAAUGGUCAGGGCGAGCCUGUUGGAGCGAAUAUCAACAACUACCUACUGGAGAAGUCGCGUGUAGUCGGCCAGAUUACCAACGAGCGCAACUUCCAUAUCUUCUACCAGUUCGCGAAGGCGGCUUCACCCAACUACAGGGAAAUCUUCGGAUUACAACAACCGCAAUCCUAUCUCUACACAAGUCGAUCGAAAUGCUACGACGUCCCGGGUAUCGACGACCAUGCCGAAUUCCAAGACACGUUGAACGCUAUGAAGGUGAUCGGUCUGCAACAGGCAGAACAAGAUAACAUCUUCCGAAUGCUCUCGGCAGUCCUAUGGCUUGGAAAUGUGUCGUUUGUGGAAGAUGACCAAGGCAACGCUGCGAUCGCGGAUCAGUCUGUAGUCGACUUUGUGGCCUAUCUCCUGGAGGUUGAUUCUGCGCACGUCAACAAAGCGCUCACGAUCCGAGUCAUGGAGACAAGUCGUGGUGGGCGCAGAGGUUCGGUGUACGACGUGCCAUUGAACCCCGCCCAAGCCUCUUCGGUGCGAGAUGCUCUGUCCAAGGCCAUUUACUUCAACCUGUUUGACUGGAUCGUCGAGCGUGUGAACCUGUCGUUGAAGGCGCGAAGUGCUUCAGCCUAUUCCAUUGGUAUCCUGGAUAUCUACGGCUUUGAGAUCUUCGAGAAGAACAGUUUCGAACAGCUGUGCAUCAACUACGUCAACGAGAAACUUCAGCAGAUUUUCAUCCAACUGACCCUGAAAGCCGAACAAGAAGAGUACGAGCGGGAGCAGAUCAAAUGGACGCCCAUCAAGUACUUCGAUAACAAAGUUGUGUGCGAGUUGAUCGAAGAAAAGCGACCACCGGGCGUUUUCGCAGCGUUAAACGAUGCUUGUGCAACAGCUCAUGCUGAUCCCGGUGCAGCUGACCAGACGUUUGUUCAGAGGCUAAAUGCGCUCUCGUCUAACCCCAAUUUCCAGCCUCGCCAGGGACAAUUCAUCAUCAAGCACUACGCUGGCGAGGUCUCGUACGCAGUUGAGGGCAUGACGGAUAAGAAUAAGGACCAGCUUCUUAAGGACUUGCUUAACCUCCUAGGACAGAGCUCCAAUACCUUCGUUCAUACUCUGUUUCCCAACCAGGUCGACCAAGACAACAGAAGGCGACCUCCCACGGCUGGAGACAAGAUCAAGGUAUCGGCGAACGACCUCGUUACCACGCUCAUGCAAGCCCGACCGUCCUACAUCCGUACCAUCAAGCCGAACGAGAACAAGUCGCCGAAAGAGUUCAACGAAGCGAACGUGUUGCAUCAAGUCAAGUACCUUGGUCUGCAAGAGAACGUCCGCAUCCGCCGAGCUGGUUUCGCGUCCCGUCAGACAUUUGACAAGUUUGUAGAGAGAUUCUUUUUGCUCUCUCCAAAGUGUUCGUACGCUGGUGAAUAUACUUGGACAGGGAGCUACGAGCAAGGUACCAAGCAAAUCCUAAAGGACACCAACAUCCCAGCGGAAGAGUUCCAGAUGGGUGUGACAAAGGUCUUCAUCAAGACUCCUGAGACGCUAUUUGCUUUGGAGACGAUGCGUGACCGUUACUGGCACAACAUGGCCAUUCGCAUCCAGCGAGCCUGGAGGAACUACUUGAGCUACCGCAUUGAAUGUGCCACACGGAUACAGCGUUUCUGGCGCAAGUUGAACGGUGGCAAAGAGUUCAUCGAGUGGCGCGAUCAAGGCCACAAGGUUCUUGCUGGUCGGAAAGAGAGGCGGAGAUACAGUUUGACUGGAUCUCGAAGGUUUAUGGGUGACUACCUUGGCAUUGCAAAUCGAGGCGGCCCAGGUGAAGUGAUCGCCCAAGCCAUUGGAAUCUCGAGCAACGAAGAGGUACCUUUCUCGUGUAGAGCGGAGACGCUUGUGUCGAAGCUUGGUCGCUCGAGUAAGCCGGAAGCCCGCAUGCUCAUUCUGACCAAGAAGAACGUGUAUCUGGUAAAGCAGGUGCUUGUGAACGGGCAGGUCCAAAUACAAGCUGACAGAACGAUACCUGUCGGCGCCAUCAAGUUUGUCAGCGCGUCGAAGCUCCAAGACGAUUGGUUCUCUAUCGGCGCAGGUUCGCCCAACGAGCCUGACCCACUUGUGAACUGCGUGUUCAAGACUGAAUUCUUUACGCAACUAACAAACGUUCUGCGAGGAUCGUUAACUCUCCAGAUCGGCGACACGAUCAACUACAACAAGAAGCCGGGCAAGCCUGCUCAAGUCAAGGUAAUCAAAGAUCCUAGUGCGCGUGUCGACUUGUACAAGAGUGGUACGGUCCACACAGGACAAGGAGAACCGCCCAACUCCGUCUCCAAGCCCACGCCUAAGGGCAAACAAGUUGCUGCCAAGCCCAUCACCAAGGGGAAGCUGUUGCGGCCCGGUGGUCCAGGAGGAGGCCCGUCAAAGCUCGCCAGCCGUCCUGCGCAACCGCGACCCGUACCCGCUCCUGCCGCCGCUCAAUCAAGGGCAGUGCCUCCUGCGCCUAUGCCUGCUGCAGUCCAGCAACGACCCGUACCUGCCGCGAUACCUGCUGCCACACCUCAGCCAAAACCCGUACCGCAGCCUGUCGCCGCACUCAACGGAUCAGCAAACCACUCGAGAUCGUCGUCAGCAUCACGAGCACCACCUCCACCCCCGCCGCCACCUGCUGCACCCGCUGCACCCAAGGAGCCUACGUUCAAGGCUCUAUACGACUUUGCUGGCCAGUCAGCGGGUGAGCUAAGUCUGCGAAAAGACGAAAUCAUCCUUGUUACGCAGAAAGAAAACAAUGGCUGGUGGUUAGCUUCCCGCCUCGACAAAUCUGCCUCGGGUUGGGCACCCAGCGCAUACCUUGAAGAGCACAUUGUCAAAACCGCGGUUCCACCCCCACCACCUGCGCCGCCUGCGCGCCCUGCAAAUGGAAAGCCGAAGCCUCCUGCUCCUCCGGCCAAGCGCCCCACGGCGCGCAAACCCGCUCCGGAUAGUAGGGAUAGUGGGUACUCAGGAAGUGCGAGCGAGACGGGCGCGAGGGAUAGCAGUGGGAGCAUUGCUGGGGGGUUAGCUGAGGCGCUGAGGGCGAGACAACAGGCCAUGCAGGGGAGGAGGGGAGACGAGGAGUGGUAG